AUGGUUGAAAGACUGGAAAAUGCUGGAGUUGUCAAGGAUCUUGUUACUAUCACAGGCAGAGUAUUGAAUGCCCACAACUUGAGAAAGAUGAGUGUCAUUAAAGCUAUUGAAAAUGUUCCUCAACCUAUUCCAGGCGUCAGAAUCAUAAGAGGACCUGUGCUAGCUGAGUUUGAAGCGUUAUUCUUAAAUGAACAACCAAAUAUUAAAGUUAGGUAUCUGAACGCUGUCAAGAAAGGCAGUCAGAAAGCCUCAACUUCUAAGCCUGCUGCUUCAGAAGAUGUUUCAGAAGCUGCUCCAGAAGUUGCCACUAAGAAAGAAAGAAGGACAAAGCGUAAGUUUGAUCGUCAUUCUGUCAACGAGGAGAAAAACAAUCAAGAAGAAGCUGCUGCAGUUGUUGAUGAGAAUGUUGCUUUGAAAGAAGCUGUAGUUGAAGAAAAUCAAGAAGCUUUAGUUGAAAAUGAGAAUGUAGAACAAGAUGUUACUGAGAAAAAGAAGAAGAACAGGAAGUCGGAGAAAGAAAAGAAAGAAGAGGAUGAGAAGGAAGUAGAAAAGAAAAAGAGGAAGAAAAAUAAAAAGAAAAAGGAAGUUGUUGCUCAAGAAGUAGUGAUUCAAGAAGCUAUGAAUCAGCAAGAAGAAGUGAAUAAGGAAGAACAAUAG